GUAAGUUCUUAUUAUAUUAUAUAUUAUCUUGCUCCAUAUUUCCCCCUUGUCCGGAAGAGAAAGAAAAAAAGAAUGAAACUGCAUGGAACUAGAAAGACGGAUAUGAUAAGUACCUUAGGUAUGCAUAAUGCUAACAAGUUCACUCAACAGGAGCGCACUCGACUUCAACCCCAUCAACACCAUUGCCUCGCACAUGAGCUACUGGCAGGACGAAGACGUCAGCCACUUCAUCAUCUCGCAGCUCUUGUCCCGGAAGAAGGAAGACGAGAAGCAGAAGGGAGAUUUACAGGUCCCUCUUCGGAUCUAGAACCCGGUGUGCCGCCGCCGCCGCCUUUUCUUCUCUUGCUGCUACGGACGUGUUUAUGUCCGGCGUGGCAUGGCGAUACACGUACACGUACACGUCUGUUACGGGAAUUGUUUAGUUUAGGUUCAUCGGGAAGGAAAAAAAAGAAAAAAAAAAAGUCAUCUUGAUAGACGGUACACCGCUUUCUAAGAGCUUAGGUACAGGUACCUAGGUAGAAGCACGGUACGCCCGCGCUCUCUUGUUGUAAGUAGGUAAAUAACGGAGCUCGGCGCACACAUAUCACAUAGAGGGCCUGAGCCGGAAUCAGGAUAGAGUCAGGAUAGGUAUAACGAAAGCAAAGUCAUUUCCGAUGGACAGAGUCAGCACUGGUUAGACCUUUUUUUUUUUUUUUUUUUUUUU